CAGUCGGUUCAAUUUUUGACUACAAUAAUGUCUUGAAUGUCAUACGUGCUCGGUGCUGCGCAAGAGCGACUGCGCGUGUUUGAUCGUGCCCGUAAUUUAGGUUACCUCACUGAGGUUCAUUGCCAGUCUCUGUGCUGCUCAUUUUACGGUCAGAAUGUCAGAUGACUCAGAUCAUACUUGCACAGCACCGCAAAACACCAGGACUUCUAUGUUGUGAAGCACUUUUUAUCCACAGUAAUUGUCCGCUAUCGAUAUGCCUUGUGGUUGACGGUGUCAGUGAAAAUGGAAACAAAAUCGGCUGGAAUCCGUUCUUUUUCUGCUGGCGACCUUGUGAUGUCCUGCGAUCCACUGGUGUGGAUGCUGAAAAGGAGCGCCUACAAAACACACUGUGCCUACUGCCUUCGAAAAAGCCCAGAAUUACGCACAUGUUCGGGAUGCCAACUGCACCGUUACUGCAAUUCUGCUUGCCAGACCGCCGACUGGAAGGUGGAACACAAGCUGGAAUGCGCUAUGCUUAAGGAUCUCGUUAGCACAGAUCCGUUGGGUACAGUGAAUGCCCUAUUAAAAGCGGGCUUACCAGCGGGUUCCCUGGCAGCGAACACCACCGCCCUUCCGCCGCCCCCACCCGUAGACCUCUUCACGUUCAGCGCGGUAUCUUCGGAUCUGACCGGGAAAUUGGCUAAUAAAAUCAAGAAGAAUACGAUGAUAGACAUCCCGGGGAUUGGUCCCAAAUCUGUCAAAGAUAUUCUGCUCACGUUCCCCACAAAUCCAUCGCAACCGCGAGCCGAACGGAUGGUGCAGUUUAUGCAACCAAAUGUGGAUUCGAAAAAUUCCACAACAUUCGGUAUUCCUAGCCCGGACAUAAUGACCUACUGUGGAAUGCUCAUGUAUAACGGUGUGGAUAUUUUUGAUUCGCCUGAUACUACGGUACCGAUCGGUAGAGCGGUGUAUGCGCAAGCACCGGUGGGACGAAUGACGCCGGUGUGCAUGGAUAUCAAUGUGGAGCUGAACCGCCGCGGUCGACGGUUGGUUAUUCAUGCCGUGGAAGACAUUCCGCAGUAUACUGGGCUUCGCGAUUUGCGCUACAGCGAAAUGGAAGAAGCAUUUUGUAUGACGCGAGCCGAGCGGCGUGCAGAAUUUGAAGGACGCCACAAAUAUCCGUGUACUUGUCGCAGAUGCUCGGAAGAAUAUGAUGCCGACAUCAACUCACUGAAAUGCGUGACGGUCGGAUGUACCAAUCGGAUUCCGAGCGACAGCCGAGCACUGGCACCUUGCGCGGAAUGCGGCGCCCUCAACGGUCACCGAUUGAAGCAGUUUCGCGGUUUCUUGCAGCAGCACGAGGCCAUUAAGACAAGCCAGCCGCGGGAGCAACACGAGGCCAUGAUCAUGCAGCUCUGCAAGGAGAUGGACGCUGCCGGCAUCCUGCAGCCCGAUGCGCACUUCCGAUUUAUCUGCGGCUGGAAGUUAGCGGAGAAGCACUACAAUGAAAACCGCUUUGCAGAUGGCUGGAAGAUGAUGAGGGAGUUUGUGACCUGUGUCAGGAACGUUUGUCCAAAGUAUGCUGAUAUGCGCGCCUUUUUGCUGGUUUCCGCUGCGAAGUUUACCGCAGAAGCGUUGGAGAAUCGAAUUCUACAUGGCGUCAGCAAGCUCUCGAGGCCGGCUAAGCAAGAGCUCGAUACUUUGGCUCGUCAAGCGUGCUGCAGCAUCGUGGAUAUUGGUAACGAAGGAAAGGAUAUUUUUGCUUUGUUAUUCGGUGAAGAUUCAACGGAAGCCCAGAUGAGCCAUAAUGCGAUGGAAUACGUGAUUUCGGCGGUGUGUCGUAUUCGGCAGCAUUUCCCCGAUAACAAGUAGCUUACAGAUUUUUCUGUUUUGCUGAUACCAACGCAGUGCUAGUAGUUUCCGAUUUGCAACCUUUUGACCACUUUUUGUUAUUUUACUUAAUCGAAUUUCGUCGCAAAUACAGUCACGUUUCAUUAUA